UGCUUCUCUCCUUUUCUCCUCCUCUUCAUGAAUCUCUGUCAGACUCAGAUUAUCUUCUCUCUGCUCCGUUUAUUCUGCACCCGAGUCUUUUAAAAUGGAUUUAAAAACAAGCUUUGGACUUUUGCUUUUUGCUCUCGCAGUGCAGUGCAACCCCAGCCCGCUGGCGGACAUCGUUGUGGAUCGGUACCUCUUACCGCAGAUCUGCCCUAGAGAAGUUCAAGUAGAAGAUUUUAUCCGUUAUCACUUCAACGGGACCUUCUAUGACAGCGGCAAAAAGUUUGACUCCAGCUAUGACCGAGGCAAAGCCUUCGUCAGUCAGGUGGGCCUCGGUAAACUCAUCACAGGGAUGGACCGAGGUCUGCAGGGCAUGUGCGUCAACGAGCGCAGGAGGAUCACAGUCCCUCCUCACCUGGCCUAUGGAAGCGUCGGCACAGGUGGUUUGAUCCCUCCUGACGCCACACUGGUAUAUGAUAUUCUCCUGCUGGACAUAUGGAACGCUGAAGACAAGGUCCAGAUUCGCACGAUCAGCAAACCUGAGAACUGCAGGCGAACCACUGUGGCGUCAGAUUUUAUCCGGUACCACUAUAAUGGCACACUGUUGUCUGGGGAGGCCUUUGAUUCCAGUUACUCAAGAAAUACAACUUAUGACACAUACUUGGGGCAGGGUGACCUCAUCAAAGGGAUGGACGACGGUCUUCUUGGCAUGUGUAUUGGGGAGAGGCGGCUCAUUAUUGUUCCACCAUUUUUAGCUUAUGGAGAGACCGGCCAUGGAGCCAAGAUCCCCCCCCAGGCAACACUCGUAUUCGAAGUUCUGUUAGUUGAUGUAUUUAAUCCUAAAGAUGAUGUGACUUCAAAGGUAAUAGAGAAGCCUAAAAACUGCACACGCAGGACAGUUACUGGGGACUAUAUCCGCUACCACUACAAUGGCACCUUCCAGGACGGCACGUUCUUUGACUCGAGCUACCAGCGAAACAGCACCUACAACACAUACAUCGGAAUGGGAUAUGUGAUCCACGGCAUGGACAAAGCUCUGCAGGGUCUGUGCAUUGGUGAGAAAAGGAGAAUCACAAUUCCUCCUCACAUGGCAUAUGGCGAAAAAGGAGCUGAAAACUUCAUUCCUGGCUCUGCUGUGCUGAUCUUUGACGUCCACGUGAUUGACUUUCACAACCCCAAAGAUUCAGUGGAGAUCAGAGUCACCCAUAAGCCUGAGGAAUGUAAUAUGACCAGCGAAACCAAUGACUUGAUUCAUUAUCGCUACAACUGCUCCCUAAUGGAUGGCACACUUCUAUACUCCUCGGACCAGUAUGACUCACCUUCAGUCACAACUCUGGGAGCUGGGAAAGUGAUCAUGGGUCUGGAGGAAGGAUUAAAGGGCAUGUGUGUGGGUGAGAGGAGAGAAGUGGUGAUCCCUCCACACUGGGGUCAUGGUGAAGAUGGAGCUGUUGGAGUUCCUGGAAGUGCAGUCCUGCUUUUCGAACUGGAGCUAGUGCAGCUGCAGAAAGGUGUACCAGAAGGCUUCAUGUUUGUCUGGCUUGGCGACACGCCUGAUCCCCUGUUCAACGCUCUGGACCUCAAUGGAGACAAAGAGGUCCCUCUAGAGGAGUUUUCGGAGUUCAUCAAACUGCAAGUCAAAGAGGGCAAAGGUCGACUUCGGCCGGGCGUCGACAUCGACACUGUUAUAAAAGACAUGUUUUAUAACCAGGACCAGAAUAAGGAUGGGAAAAUUGUAGAAGAUGAGCUGAAAAUUAAGGAUGAGUCUGAAAAACUGAGACGAGAUGAGCUAUGAACAGCAGAGGAGACACAAACUGUGAUGAUGAUGUGCUCUCAAAACUAUUGAGCAAGAACCUUCCCAAAAAUUAAAAAGGACAUUUUGCUGCUCAUAUUGAAAUAAUCUUUUUUUUUUUUC